UUAUGUCAAUGUCAAGGCGUGUUGUCAAAGUUAAGUGUAAAUAAAAAGUGCUCUUGUAUUUAUCUAAAUAUUUAUAACGAUGCCACCAGGAAAAAGAGGGGGUAUUCGAGGCAAGCGUUCAAAUCAUCAUGUUGAGCGAAAUUAUGCUGAAAGACUAAAGGAUCUCAGCGUACAGUCAUCGGAGGAAAGUGGUUCAGAAAGUUCAAGCGAUGCAGAUUCUUCCAAUAAUUCCGAUGAGGAAGAAGGUAUUCAAGCUGCCUUUCCUAUCAGUAUGUGGGAUUUAAAUCACUGUGAUCCCAAAAAGUGCUCUGGAAGAAAAUUAUUAAGACAUAACCUAAUAAAAAACUUAAAACUUGGGCAGAGAUUUCAGGGCCUUGUAUUGUCACCAGUUGGCAGUCAAUGUGUUAGCCCGAAUGAUAAAGAUAUCAUUGAAAAGUAUGGUCUUGCGGUGAUCGAUUGUUCUUGGGCAAAAAUUGACGAAACACCAUUUGGUCGAAUGAAAUCUCCACAUCCAAGACUUCUACCAUUUUUGGUAGCAGCAAAUCCAAUAAAUUAUGGCAAACCCUACCAACUAAGUUGUGUGGAGGCUUUGGCGGCAGCAUUAUUUAUUACAGGCCAUAAAAAGGAAGCUAAGUUUUAUUUAUCUAAAUUUUCAUGGGGACAUUCGUUUUUAGAAUUGAAUUCGGAUGUGUUGAGUCUUUAUAGUGCUUGUACUGACAGCAAAAGUGUUUUAGAAGCUCAGAACAAAUUUUUAGAAAGUGCGGGUAAAGAAAAUGAGGAUUCCAGACCAAUGUGGCCGCCCAGCGACUCAGAGAGUGGAUCCGAAGAUGAUACCACUAGUUGAUAAUUAUAAAAACAAGAUUAAAUAUAUAAAUCAUUAA